AUGUCUGAGUUAGAGAGUUCACAAUUUGAAGUGGAGGAUUGGGAGUUUAGAGUGGGUGAUGUGGGUUCUGCUGCUCGAGUGCAGACUCGCUUCCAUAGAGCAUGUGGAUAUUUGCAUGUCAUUAAGUAUUUCACCACAAUUGAAGCAAGGAAUCCAAGCUCCAAGCUUGUUGAGUCUUUGAAGAGAGCUCUUGAUAAACAAAGAAAGGUUGAACAAAGAAAGGUCGUUGGUUUGAAGAAGAAGUUAGCCUAUGCCGAAGAGGCACUAGCCAAAGUUGAGGCCAAGAAGAUGGAGGAGAUUGCCCAAGUACAUGUAGAAGCAGUUGAGGCUAAGUUGAGAAACCACCCCAACAUUUUCAAAUUGAAACAAGUUUUCUUGGAAUUCGAUGGCACUACUUACCUUGUCUUUGAAUUCAUGGAGGGAAACUUAUCUUAA